UUACUAUUAUAUUGUAGGUAGGGGUUAUUAUGGAUAACGGUGGCAAAGAGGCCUUUACAUUAAACUCUAAUACCAAAGACGCCCCGGAACGAGCGACCAAUAGUGAGGUAUCAGAUCAAGGAGUGAAGGAGACGGCAGGGGAGGAGGAAGCAGAGGAGACAGAAGAUGACGAGGGAGACGAUGAACUGUUAGAACAGGAGUUAUUAGAAAGAGAAGAGGGGGAGGAGGGGGAGGAUGAUGCAGGGGACGAGAUGAGUGGGGAUGAGGAGAACGAUGCUCCCAAUGAUGAUACAGAAAAGACUGACAAGAAGAAGAAACGUAAGAAUAUUAGAAAAAUGAUGAACGAGGAUGAACUAGCUGAGGAAACAAGAUUGGAACAAGAGAGGGAAAUGGAAAGAAUUAGGUGGUUGAGGGAGCUACACGAGAAGUCUCUAGCGGAGGAGAGGGAGAAGAAGAAGUUUCUUCAGGAAGAGAGAAAGAAACAGAAAAGCGAGGAAUCUACUUCAAAUCAAGUCAUUCUGUUGGAUGAUGACAGUGAUCACGGACUUGGAGAACCCCAGAAAGAAAGAAAACCGAAGAAAGAACCCACCGUAAUCACGCUAUCAAGUGACGAAAGCGAACCGGAAUCAGACAAACCGCUGACCGGAUACGAUGACACGACAGCGUUCGUGGGAGGCAUGCACACGGAUGACACUAAGAACGUGACAGAUAAUCAGGGACGAGUUUUGGUGAAUGUUAACCAUCCUCCAGAUGAGCAGGAUAUCUUCCUUACUGACAAACUUGCUAAAACCGUUAAACCUCAUCAGAUUGGAGGAAUUAGGUUUCUGUACGACAACAUAAUAGAGUCUGUGUCGAGGUUCAACUCAAGUCCGGGAUUCGGGUGCAUACUAGCUCACACCAUGGGUCUGGGCAAAACACUCCAAACUAUCAGCUUUGUUGACUGCUGUCUGCGGAACACUCCCGCACACACUGUUCUCAUUGUGGUACCAGUUAACGUGCUACAAAACUGGUGUAAUGAGUUUGAUAUGUGGGUUCCUAAAGAUCACACAGUAGUUGGCGAGGGAUCCGCCCGAACCUAUCCGCUCUAUGUUAUUAACGAUCUGUUGAAGACUUUCCAAGCUCGAGCUACGCUGAUCAAAAAGUGGAAUGAGACUGGAGGAGUGAUGAUUCUUGGGUAUGAGAUGUUCAGACUGCUAGCACUGACGGAGCCAUCUUACGCAGUGUCGCGCAAGCUUUGUCGCAAGAGGCGCAAGCGCGGGGCUCCUGUAAAGGAGGUGUGUGAUAUAGACGAGGAGGAGUUCUACAUGGACCUCCUGACAGCAACUCAAAGAUCCCUGUUAUAUCCUGGACCGGAUCUCAUUGUCUGCGACGAGGGACACAGAAUAAAGAAUGCUCACGCCACUAUUUCUAAAGCUCUCAAAAAAGUCAAAACCAGGCGGAGGAUAGUGUUGACGGGAUAUCCUCUACAAAAUAAUCUGGAAGAAUAUUGGUGCAUGGUGGAUUUCGUUCGACCUAACUUUUUGGGAACAAAGAACGAGUUUAAUAACAUGUUUGUGAGACCGAUAGAGAACGGACAGUGUGUUGAUAGCACGUUCAAGGACACGCAGUUGAUGAAGUUCAGAUCGCAUGUUCUACACAGUUUACUUGAAGGAUUUGUUCAGAGGCGAGACCAGAGCAUUCUGCAGCACACUCUACAAAGUAAAACGGAGUAUGUGCUGUGUGUCAAGAUGACGCCCGUGCAGAGGCGAUUACUCAAGCGGUUUGCUGCUGAUAUGGAGAUAGAUGGAGCGGUUAACCCCAUCUACGCCUUUACUGUUCUUACCAAGAUUUGGAACCACCCUGAUGUAUUACAAGAGGUGGUUGCAUCCAGUAAGAUUGAUGAUCUGGAUGUGGACCUUCCCAAAGCCAGCACCAAGCUCUCACUAGAAUGGGCACAGGAUGAGUUAGUUGGCAUGAGAAGGGGAGUCGUCGAGGAUGGAGCCAAAAUGGUCCUUCUUCUGGGCAUCAUUGAAGAAGCUGUCGCUAUUGGAGACAAAGUGGUCGUAUUUAGUCAGUCUCUCUUGACUCUGUCAUUGGUCGAGAAGUUUCUUCAACAACGUUACCUGCCCGAAAACUGCUCUCAGAAGAAUGACAUCAGAAAUUAUUUCAAUGGUGGCGAGGCUAAUCCAACGCAGUCCGGACAAGGACCGAGCAGCCCAGAGUACCCAGCUCCGAAACAGCAGAGGGUAAAGUGGGCCAAAAACAAACACUACUUCCGACUAGACGGCAGCACCAACUCUCAGGACCGAGAGCGGUUGAUAAGGCAGUUCAAUAAGAAAGGCGAGAGUGCUCUGGUGUUCCUCAUAUCAACGCGGGCCGGCUCUCUUGGAGUCAACCUUAUCGGUUCAAAUAGGGUGAUAAUUAUGGAUGUCUCUUGGAACCCUUGUCACGACGCACAAGCAGUCUGCCGGAUCUACCGCUACGGCCAGACCAAACAAAGCUAUGUCUACCGGUUCGUAGCGGAGAACACGUUAGAGAGGACAAUAUACAACAAACAGAUCACGAAGCAAGGGAUGAGCAGUAGGGUGGUCGACGAGCAGAACGUGGAGAAACAGUUCACCAGUUCGGAGAUCGUCAGCAAUGCGGACAACUUUGAGAUGAUGCCCGAUGGCCCUGCCCUUGAUCAUGAGAACGAUUGGAAAAAUACUAUUCCUGAAAUUGACGACGCAGUACUACGCACAGUCCUAGAAUCACACCCAGAUCUGCUGACUGCUGCUCCGUUUACUCACGAAUCUCUCCUCCUCGAAAACAAGAACGAGAGGCUGACGCAAGAAGAGAAGAUGUUGGCCAAAAAGAGUUAUCAGUUUGAGAAGCAGAUGAACAAAGGAUUUGGGGGCUUCUCCAACACAUAUUCCAAGCCUGUGAACAGAGUAACGCCCAUGUGCAAAGCAGCGCCCAAAUCUGUCAGCGGAGCACCCUGUCAACCUCUACCCCCAAUAGACACUUCCCCUCAUUGGAAUAAGAACGCUCCCACAACGGGUGUUUCUUUGGAAGAAUUCGCCGAGAAGUACAACGCAACGAACUGGUCACCGCUGAUAAAACCGUUGUCCCCUCUUCAGAAUGACGACACAGCACCGAUGCUUUUUCAGAAUAUCCCGGUUAACCACCAGGAACAGCAGAUACGACAGCAGCAGGUUCAGCAGAAUUUCAUCUCCAGACCAGUCACCAGCUCCAACUCCCCCAACAUUGCCCCCAAACCGAGGUCCAUCCUCCCGGCUCCCCCUACUAACCCUCAGCAAUCCUUCCUGAUGGGCGCUACCCACGCUGCCAACGUGCAACCUCCACCUCCUCUCAAACUACCUCUACCUCGACUGACCACCCACCAGACACAUCUCCAGCCCUCCAACCCGGCCAAGCGGAACAGAAAACCCUCCAAAGUGGUAUCCAGUGUUAGGCCCACUCAAGCUAUCCUAGCUCAGGUAGAGGAUGGUAAGUGCACCUACAAGGUCCCGAUUCCCCGGACACCCGAAACUCCUCCAUCUUCCAGCAGAGAGAGCUCCAGUUCCACCCCAACUUCCAGCAGCGGGAAGUCCUCCAUUACUGAUGCUCUGAGAGCGAUAGAUGAGCGGGUUAUAGAGCCACCGACAGUCAGUGUUCAGCGGAUGAUUGAGGAGAACGAGAUACUAAGGAGACAGAUAGAGUUGGAUGGGUACUUUGCGUUCAGUAAGAAUAAUGUGGGUACCGUACAAGUCGGUACUCCUCUCAAGUCCUCUCCAGGACAGUCUAGUGCGAGUACUACACCAGCAACUACUCCCGGCCUCCCUAGAGAAGAUGAUAGUAAAGAUGAUCUCAACUCUACCACAGAGUCUAAGGAGGAUGAUAAAAUGGAGAAGCAAAAACCUAAAAAGAAGGUAGCUAAGAAGACCUCUUCCUCCUCAGCCCAAAAUGUCCAACAGCAGCAAGUGGUUUACCAGGCCAUCCCAGCUCAAGCUGUUCAGUCAAACCAGGGAUAUCAACUCCUGAUACAGAUGCCACCGGGAGGGACUCUGCCUAACCAGACUAAGAUGGUCCCUGCUACUCAGAUUAUCCAAGCUCAGCCUGGUCAGCAGUUCCUCAAUAACGGUACCCAAGUUAUCAACGGACAACCCAUCUUCAUUCAGAAACAGAAUACUCCGUUGCAGCUCCAGAUGCCUGCCGGGAGCAAGGCAGUCUAUCUCAUGUCACAGCCCUCUUCUGUCUCACCUCAGACGAGUCAAAUGAACCAAUCCGUCACAACAACCGCUCAGUCUUACAAUAGCACUGCUAACUCAACGUCAAUGGACCAGUACAUCAUGACUCCAGCCACUUCGCAAGAUCAGAGUGGUGAGAGUGCUAGUAAGGAUGUGACCCCUGAGUCGACCCCCUCCAGUACUGCGUCCACUCCUCAACAUGAUGUGGUCCAGCAGACCCCUCCUCCGACCCUGCUCAGUCCCGUGAACUACGAUAUUCAGCCCCAGAUUCGGAGUUCACCUCAGCUUCAACCGCAGCCUGUUUUGAUUCAGCAACAACAGCCAUAUCAGCAGUUCCAGUACCAGCAGCAACCUCAGUAUCAGACUUACUUCGCUGGUACUCAGAUGAUUCAGCCCAGACUUAUGCCGCAGCAAAUGUACAUGCAGCCCAGUCAGAUCCAGCGCGUACAGCAGCAACCAAAGCUCAAACCAAAGCCGAAAAGCGCACCGAGCAAAUCAAAAAGCAAGAAACCCAAAGCUUCAGAAGCUGUUCAAAACCACAUGACGCAGGCUCAGAUGCAUGCGAACAUGCUGGCUCAGCAGAAACAGAGACAGCUUACUCAACAGAUGCAUCAUCAGUCAAUGUCUGGUGUCUUCAACCAGAGACCCCAAUUAGCCUACCGUCCACAACAACAGUAUUACGCUCCUGUCACCGACCCUGCUGCGGCCCCUCAGCACCCCAUGAAAAGUGAACCCAGCAACUGUCAGGUAGCCAGCUCCCAGGCCAGCCAACAGAGCCAGCAACGCUUCACUAACCCAGCCUAUCAGAACCACUUGUAUCAACAGCAGCAGGCUCAGUACAGUCAGUACAUGCAGCAGCAGCAGAUGCAAAUGUUCGCCGCCAAGGAGGCUGAGGCCAAGAAGGCUACUCCCAGUCCCGCCAGUAAGAGGAAAUCAAGGAAGAAGACGUCAGAUGAUUGUGACAACAGAGUCAACAUUCAGAUACACUCCCCCAUAUCGUUCCCUGCUGAAAAGAAGCAGAAGAAAAUGAAGAAGGCGCCGGAUUGUCCGUACUCGCAGCAAUCCAGCACAACUCCAGCAGUUCCUGCUCCAGCCCCUGUACAGAGGGAGCAACAGCAUGUUAACUUCGCUCAGCUGCAUCAUCAGCAGCAUCUCUACCAGAACAUGAUGCAGAUGUAUAGGCAACAGACCCCACAGCACCAGCAACAGGGCCAACCUCAACAACCACCGCAGGAACAGCAACAGCAGCAGCAGGCUCAGCAACAGCAACAACAGCAGCAGCAGCAGAGUCAACCCCAGCAGCAUACCCCUACCUCAAUGCAACCACACCAGGGCUACCAGCAGCUCCCUCCCCACCACCAGCAUCUCCAGGCGGCCUCCUUCCAGCUCCCCACCCAACAGCAACAACAACAACUCCCUCCCCUGCUCUACAAACAGUAUCUCCAGAAACAGCAGCCGGCAAUGCAGAAAGCCGCCCCCGCUCCACAAGGACACACUCCACUCAGAGGCGCCGCUCCUCAGUACUGGGGUGGUCCCCAGUACCCCCAGUAUUCCCAGGAACAGAGCUUUGGGUUUGGUGCUCCUGAUAUGGGCCAGGAUGAGGAUGACAGGACCUCUUCCCCGCAGAGCGAAGGGGAGAUGGACGUUAACCAGUUUCUCAACAUUCCAAUCAAAACUGAAACUCGCGAAGCUAAGGGGUCUUAACGCCUCCAGUUCGCCACUAGAUCACAGUGAGUAUUCCUCACUAAGACAUGUUCCUCUGCACAUAUAGAUAUCUAAAGCUGAAGAUGGUGAUGAUUGGCACGUCAGUGUACUUCAAUACGGGAUUAAGAACAGGAGCAUUAACAGGACCAAUAUGAAUGGUUGGGUUGGACGAUUUUUUUGCAAAAAAACUGUGUCAGCACAGAGUGAGGUAUCAUUAAAUUGUUAACAUAUUUUUGAUAAGAACUGAACAUCAUUGAUAUUUCAUACAAGAUUUAAUUAAUAUCCAAAGUUUAUUUUUAAUCCAAACAGUCGUAUUUGUUUAAUGUUUAUUUGAUGAAGAAUAAGAUGUUAACCUUUAACAGUUAAUUUUAGUUUUUGAUGAUCUGUAUUUAAGUGAUCAAAAUCAAAAGAUUAGGAACCUAUUAUUAUUGUUUUAUAUUUAAAUCUUUUAAAUUGAACAAUUUGCAAUGUUAUGGUUAUUCAUCAUAGCCCAAUGCAGAUUUGAAUACAAGCAGUUUCUAAGUUUUUUUGUUAUCUUCUAGAUACUUUUUUUCAAAAUGAAAUAGGUUUAAUUUAAUUAAAGUUAUUAAGGUUCAAGUGUGUGUGUUUUUUGAGUGUUUUUCUCUCCCUGUGAAAAUCUAAUUGAAGUUUUUGUAAAAGGUUUUUUUGACAUUUAUAUUUCAGUUGAUGCUUUCUAAUAAGUGAUACUGAUUAUAUUACAUGUUCUUUUUGUUUUUUUUUCCUUUCCAUAAAUAAGACAUUUAAGAGAUUUCUUUAUCAUGUUUCAAGUAAGAUUGCUAUCAUUUUCUGUUUUCUUUACGGUUCUUAAAAGUUUUUUCAGGUCUUAAAGUGCAUUGUUAUCACGAGUUUCAAUUUUGUUUUUCUAUCAUACAUGCCGAUUAUAUCACGCCUCUAAAUUUCAGACUCAAUUAUAAAUCUUGAAACGACAGUAUAUUUUCCGUUUAAAUUAUGAGAAAGUGGUAUCAUUAUUUUGGAAAUUAGUUGCUUAAACUUCUGUGGACUUCCUGUGAGUUGUUCCUCACAUUUGCAGACAUGACAACUACUUAUCUGCAUCUUGUCACGAAGCUUGGGAUAUAUAUUUUUACUUGCACGUGAAUUUACUUUUGUUAAUCACUGUAAUUUAGGGAAUAUAAUUAGCUGGUUUAUAGUCGGCGAUUUUUGGGAUAUUUUUGCGUUCAGAUAGUCUUAGAAUUAGGUGCAAAGUUCCGUGUAUUUUUCGUAAACUAAAGACAGAACAUAACUGGUUAAGUAGAAUGUAUUAUAACUAUUUUAUUAGCUUUGUUUAAGAUAUAUAUCUAUUUUUGGAUGCGCACAUUCUGUUAUUUAAUACGCCGUAACUUGUAAAAUAUCUAGAACUAGAAGUUUUGUCAUACUUACUCUAUUUUAACAAAUUUAU